UUCAAGUUGCUUCUUUGAAGUUGCAGAGAGCCAGACGUGGGGUCUAGAGACGGGGAAGAGUGGGAUUAUAGUCAGGAAUCAUUAGUGCAGGUUUUGCAACUGAGAGUUGAACUUAAUUCAGACUCAGAGGAGUUGGUGUUCAGCUGUUCAGCUCUGGGGAGGGAUGUGUAACUGCUUCUCAGUCUCUGACGUUCAUGUGGAUCUCCUGCGCUCUUGUUAAAACACAAAUUCUGAUCUAGGAGGUCUUGCGGUGGGCCCUGGAAUUCAGCAUUCUCACAGGAUUCCGGACGCUGCUGCUGUUGCUGAUGUGUGCACCACACUUGGAAUGAGGGAGACCAAAGGGCAGUUUCUUAUUGACCACAUCUGCAACUACUACAGCUUGCUGGAGAAGGACUAUUUUGGCAUUCGUUAUGUGGACCCAGAGAAGCAGCGGCACUGGCUUGAGCCUAAUAAGUCCAUCUCCAAGCAAAUGAAAUCUCAUCCACCAUACACCAUGUGCUUUAGAGUGAAAUUCUACCCACAUGAACCCUUGAAGAUUAAAGAAGAGCUCACAAGGUAUCUUUUGUAUCUGCAGAUUAAAAGAGAUAUUUUCCACGGUCGACUGCUCUGCUCCUUUUCAGAUGCGGCCUGUCUGGGUGCCUGUAUCGUUCAAGCUGAGCUCGGCGAUUAUGAUCCUGAUGAGCAUCCUGAGAAUUACAUCAGUGAGUUUGAGAUUUUCCCCAAGCAGUCACAGAAGCUGGAAAGAAAAAUAGUGGAAAUCCAUAAAAAUGAACUCAGAGGCCAGAGCCCACCAGUUGCUGAAUUUAACUUACUCCUGAAAGCUCACACUUUGGAAACCUAUGGGGUAGACCCCCACCCAUGCAAGGAUUCAACAGGCACAACAACAUUUUUAGGAUUCACUGCAGCAGGCUUUGUGGUAUUCCAGGGAAAUAAGCGAAUCCAUUUGAUAAAAUGGCCGGAUGUCUGCAAGUUGAAGUUUGAAGGGAAGACAUUUUAUGUGAUUGGCACUCAGAAGGAGAAAAAAGCCGUGUUGGCAUUCCAUACUUCGACACCAGCUGCCUGCAAACAUCUUUGGAAGUGUGGGGUGGAGAACCAGGCCUUUUAUAAGUAUGCGAAAUCCAGUCAGAUCAAGACCGUGUCGAGCAGCAAGAUAUUUUUUAAAGGAAGUAGAUUUCGAUAUAGUGGUAAAGUUGCCAAAGAGGUGGUAGAGGCUAGCUCCAAAAUCCAGCGGGAGCCUCCGGAAGUGCACAGAGCCAACAUGACUCAAAGCCGCAGUUCCUACUCCUUGAACAAACAGCUCAUCAUUAACAUGGAACCCCUGCAGCCCCUGCUGCCUUCCCCCAGUGAGCAAGAAGAGGAACUUCCGUUGGGUGAGGGUGUUCCAUUACCCAAAGAAGACAUUUCUGUCCCUGUGAUCUCUAGCUCACCAGUGAAGGAAGCCCGGGAGUACAAAAACCCCCAAAGUGAAGAGGAAGAGAAAAUCAAAGAAGAGCCCCUGACCAUCUCCGAACUGGCCUACAACCCAAGUGCCAGCCUGCUCCCCACCCCUGUGGAUGAUGAUGAGAUUGACAUGCUCUUUGACUGUCCAUCGAGGCUGGAGUUGGAAAGAGAAGACACAGAUUCAUUUGAGGAACUAGAAGCAGACGAACAUGCCUUUUUGAUGGCCGAAGAAGAAGAGCUGAAGGAGGCUCGCCAAGCUUUGUCGUGGAGCUAUGACAUUCUGAGCGGCCACAUUCGGGUGAACCCACUGGUCAAGAGUUUUUCCAGGCUCCUGGUGGUGGGCCUGGGGCUGCUGCUCUUUGUAUUCCCCCUGCUCCUCCUCCUUUUGGAGUCAGGUAUUGAUCUCUCCUUCUUAUGUGAAAUCCGCCAGACGCCAGAGUUUGAGCAGUUUCACUAUGAAUACUACUGCCCUCUAAAGGAGUGGGUGGCUGGCAAAGUAAACCUCAUUCUCUACAUGCUGGGUUGCUCAUAAAGUCCGUAUCUCAUAUGACUAAGGGCUAUAUUCAAUACUAGUGAUUUGUUGGUUUUUGUUUUUUUUAGCAAAUACCUGGUUCUGAAUGGUCACAGGGCCAUGAUCAGGUGUUCCUUACUCAUAACUGAUUAAGUUAGCUUUCCAUAAUUCACUGCAGUUAAAUAAGUUCAAGUCAAAUACAGUUAUUUUAGUUACAGGUCAGGAAGAUGGCCUUUAAAUAACCAAAAAUGUUUAUUUUUUAUUAUACUACAGACAUACUCUAUCAUAAUACAUUGAGCUGAAUUAGAUUUCCCCUUUUUUAAUAGUUAGCACCAUUAUAAGGUUCAGAAUCAGAAUUUUAGUAACAACCCAAGAGAAAGUUUUUGAAUAUAAUCCUUAGUGAAAACAACGUCCUCUAACCGAUGCCUAUACAACUAAAUUUAUGCUGGGCUUUUGUUUUCUGUUUUUUUAAAAAUAUUUUUAUGUGUUCAAAAUAUUUUGGUAAAUUUUUAGCAAAAAAAGAAGCCUCCUGGAGUUAUUUAAGUGUACAGAUUGUAAGACUAAUGCGCGAAGGGUAUGUCAGGAAUUUUUUAAUGUUUUGGCACUGGUUUGUUUUUUACAAUAUUUUUGGCUGAACCAAUGGCAUAAUUUGUUGUUACCUGCGUAUGAGAUAGAAAAUAGGUAGAAAGACACUGUAGUAAGCUCUUGAAAUGGAUGAUGGAACUGGAGGAUGUAGAAAUGAAGAAGACUCAAGUGGACACAGGGUGGUCCAUUUUUUCAAAGUAUUUGGACAAGAUGACUUACUACCUUCAUUUGCAUUCCGUCCAUAUAUUUUGGUUGGGGAUGCAGAACAUUUUAAAGGAAAAAAGUUAAAAGUUACACUAGUUAAUUGCAUAUUAUUGUACAUUAAACCCAAGAGUAGAAGCAGAUGGGCAUUGGGCAAGUAGCAAAAGAGUUCUGGUGAGGCUGGUAUGCAAGGGUGGUGGUAAUGCAUGGUUUUGGAUGAUGUAAAGAAUGUGCACUUGCUGUCCGAGUUGACAUGAAUAUAUUUAAGUGGAUCUGAAUAAAGGUGGAGAAACCUUAAGGCAUAUUUUUUGGGUCCCUCAUGCUAUUCAUUGAUUCGAUGGAACAAAUUUCAAAAGAAGUGUGUGUAAGAGAAAGGCUAUGAAAAGAAUGGAGUUUGGCUUUUUGAUAAAUGCUGAUGAUCUUCCUAUUUGGUGGCCAUUAUCCUCUUUUCCUUUCCUGGUUUUCUUAAGAUCUUAACUCAUUUCGAAUUGGGGCUUCCAUUAAGAAAGUGGAAGGGACUCAUUAGAGGAUCUACCAUUUCAGUAUGGGUGAAAUAGUAAAAGGACUCUCUAACCAGAUAGUAGAGGGAACAAAUGUUCUAGUACCUUCCUUCAUACUAUAAGCUCCACCAUAGAAAGAAAGGCUCUGAUGCUUCCCCAGGCAGAGUACUUACCAAUACUGCGAUAUAACUGAGAAAGAAAAGAGUAUGAAGCUCAGGGCAUAGUGCAUUGGAAUUUCUCCAUGGACUGAGAAUAUUCUAUUGCCUUCAUUUACAAAGAGAUUGGGCACCUGUAUUCUCUCCUUAACUGUAAUAGAGGCUCCAACUCUAUCAUUAGCAUCAUUUCUAAAUUGGCCAUUCAUGGGAGCUCUGAGUGCUCUAUUAGACAUUUAAGUUUGAAAAUAAUAAGUUUUAAAAGCCUUCAGUGGAACAAACUAGAAUAUACAUUUGCUAUUAAGUUUGUAAGGUAUUCUCUCCCCUGUGCUUUCAGUGAUUUAUUUUGCUUUUUAUUGAAGAAUAUUUAAUACCUGUAAUUUGAUACCAACAUAGAAUAUAUUUUAUAUAGUUUAUGUUGGAAGUUCUCAAAUGGCCAGCUUUGAAAUUGAACCCCUUUGUUAUGACUUCCAAGUCCUAUGUUCUGACAAAAGGGUACCCCAGUGUAGUCUGCACAGAAUUAGUCCCCCUUGUAAUCAUGCUUCAUACCAUAACCAACCUAGGCCCUGCCCUUUUAAAGUAAUAUUAAAUAUCUUUAAAUUAUGGAAAUAUAAUAUAUGGCCCAUCAUAAAACACUGAAAAAUACUGACAGGAUCAAUACCCCACAAAAUCCAACCAUGCAGAUUUAUAUUGGGGAGUAAUCAAUAUAUUUUAACAUUUCCAGCUAACAUCUCUUUUAGGCAAGAACGUCAUUAUUGAAUAGAAAUGUUUUUAAGUAAAGGAGUUAACAGAAUAGGGUCUGCUGAACACCACCAAACAGCCACCAAACAUAAAACUGGGAUCCUAAGACGCCAUUUUGUCGGGAUAGAAUCAGCGUUUUAGAAAUAUCCACUUCAGUUUUGUUAGGAGAGAGUCGCCCACUGCCUGAAUCAAAUGAGGAGAAAAGUGCUUCUAAAGAUGGAGAGUAUAUAACAUAGUGAGACACAGAAUUCAAAGCAAGUGUGUGAGUAUAUGUAUAUUCCAUAUUAUUGGUAUAGGUGUGUUUAUAUAUGAAUCUGUAUAUAUGUGUGCAUUUGUAUACACACAACUGAUAAACACAACUAUGUUUGAAAGGCGUUAUUUUUCCCCAAUUGAGGAGUUUGUGACAUGUUAUUAUUCCUUUUCCCUCUCAGAUACCAUGGGAUAAAACCCACAGUCUCAAAGGUUUCAAUUUUCCAUGAAAACAAGUGUGUACAUUUGUGGUUAUAUAUACACACAUAUAUGGCAAAUACAUAUACACACACAAUCUUGUCUUUAGUGCUAAUGCAAGUUGGAUCAUAAAAAAAAUGUAGGUAAAGUAUCGUGUAUUUCUGUCUGUGCUUGGAACAUACUGUAAAAUGUUAUGUAUUUGGAAUAUAUUUUGUGGUUUGUCUAAUAUUUAUAAAGACAACUCUGGGAAGAAUUCAAAAGGUGAUUUCAUUGAAAUACUAGAGAUAUGGGGGCCAUGUUACCUGUGAUUGGAGCCUUAUCUUUGUAUAGUAAAAUCUGCAUUUCUAUGUCAACAUCCAGAUUGUUUUAUAUGUUAAUAUGGUGGCAGGAAUCCCUAAUAAAAAUACUCUGGGGAAAAAUG